CCUAGAUCAAAAAAAAAUCAAUCCUUCGAAACUCAAAGUCGAUGAUAGAUACUAUUCAGUAUACUAUCGAUCAUUCCAUAGUAGUAUCGCUUACGCUUUCAGAAGUCUAGGAGUGGAGGUAGCUGAAGUGAGAUAUUUAGUUUCUGUUCCUUCUUCAAUUUGCAUCGCCACAAACUAAAAUCGAUUUUCCCAAGCGAAUCGUGGAAGUGUCACGUUUAUCUUUCUCUCGACUCCAGUGAACGUGGGAAGAUAUCCCGACAUAGGGUCUGUCUUUUACAAUUUAACAUCCCAGCUUUUGGCUCAUUGACCUCAGAUGAUGUUGAGCUUUCGGUUGGUUCUUUUGCAAUUUUCUACCCUAGCGGAUGGAAUAGGGUUUGGGACUCACUUUGGAGAUAUUCCUAUGUCGAACGAGAACCCUGAUGGUCACGGUAAUUUUAUGCCACAGAGAACCGCUGUUGCACCUUCUCCAAAUCUGGUUCCGGGCAAAGGAAACCAAAAGCCCAGUGGGCAAACCACUAUGAGCGAGGCAUCCACGGACAUCGAGGUAGGCGAUUCCGGAACAGGAGCAUCAGAUGCCAAUUUUUCAGAAGAUGACGAUUCUUGGAGCGGACCAGAACAACAAAAUACCGAGACCGCAGAUCAGGUGUUAGAAGCUUCGCCACCUACUGUAGCUCUUCAAGGCCAAGGAGAAGCAUCCUCGUCGCAACCAUUAUCGUCCACGAGCGUGCUGCAUCCAGCUGGAGACCCCCAAACUGCGGCUAAAACUCAGUCUCCGAUCAUUUUACAACAAGGUCCACAACAAGCAUUACAUCAACAAUCCUUGGCCGUUCCUCCGUUUAAAGAACAGAAUCCGCAGGCAGCCUAUUUUCAGGCUCCGUCUAGAGAACAGGAUUCGCAGGCAGCCUAUUUUCAGGAUUUCUCCGUUGAUGAUGAGCAUGAAGAGAUCGAAGAGUGGAUGAAGAAACAAGCUAAAGCUCAGGAUGAUACACUGGGAAGCAAGGUGUUUGAGAGCGCAUUUGAAUCAGUCUUGGCAAAGGCGAGUCCGAAAGCUCUGGCUGCUGCUGCUUCAGAAACGAUGAGCGUUGGCGCGAGGCUGAAAAAACAUCCACUAGAUGACCGGGUGAAACUCGCACACGACCGAACCUGGGUCCCAAAAAUUUUUCGGAAAUUCGGAGGCUACCCAUACUUAAGACUCUUCUUCUUGUGAUCAAUGAAUUUAACCACCUGUUCGUCGUUUUAUUGUGGUCGAUCCCGCAUCUAAUAUGUUGAUCAUGAUGUUGAUCGCACCACUUUAUUCAGAGAAUAUUACUUAUUUAUUUUCAUUCUGCGUUUCUCUUUCUUUCCGUAGUUCUAUUCAUUAUGAGCAUGAGAUUCCCAGAGCGAUGCAAACUAAUCGUGCCGGAUGAAAAUGAAUUGACUAUGCAGAGUAGAUUUAGCCGCGUAGGCGUACCUUUGCCUCGUUUGGACGGUCUCCUUCAUCGAAAUAGUAGCUUGAAGAGUUCCUUCCUAGUCCUAUCUCAUUAUACCUGAUCUAGAAUAUGAGUAAAAAGAAGCAGAAGCACUUCUAAGGAAUCGGACGCACCUGAAGAAAGUUGCGCGAGAAUUAGCGAACCUCCAGAAAAUCAAUCGCGAUACGGCCAAGAUUGAGAACAAGGAGAAGCUGCUACGCGCAAAGUACGCCUCGUACAGCGAACAAAUCAAAAGUAUGCUGAACAACGCCGGACGUCAUCUCUUUGAAGGUAAAAAGUCCACCUCCACUGGUGCAAAAAAAGACGGCUCUCAACAGGGCCAUCAAGAUCAAUCUGAGAGGAAGAGCUCGUCUACUGUCCUGGAUGCUAAGUAUAUUAAGCUCUUCAAAAGCAGCGCCGAUCUGGAGUCCAAGAUCUUGGCGCAGAAAAAGGUCGAAGAUUUGGUCCAAGAGCGCGAGGCCUUGUCGCUGGAGAAGCAAAAGUUAAGGCUCUCGAUAAGAAUUCAUAUUUUUUUUGCAAAAAUGAAUACUAAUUUUGAUUAUUGAGAAAAUUUAUUAAGAUGAUUUGAAGUACUCUCGCCUACAAAAAACUUUCUGGCAACUAUCCCGGCAACUAUCUCAAGCUUAAAACGCUAUUAAGACGAAGUAAUACCUAAACUGAUGCCGACUCUUUUUCUUUAGCACUUCUUCCGUCUAAAAAAAUUCCAUUAUUCUCUUUAAUUAUAUCAAAGUGUUUAUAUUUUAUUAUAAAUGUCAAGCUGUUAGUCAGAAUGAGAAAAGGAAAUUGCCUGUCGUGUAUGAGUAUCCAUGUGUUCUUUGAAAAUGAAAAAUCGCGAAAGACAUCGCUCCAAAACACGUCGCCAAGGAGCUCCGGGAUCUACAACAGCUGAGGGAGGAGCAAGUCGCUGCGGUGGCAGCUCGGGAGGAGGCGAUACGACCCAAGACGAUGGUAGUGGUUGGCAAACACUGGCCUAAUGCACCUGAUCUGUCAAAGGACAUCUUCUGGCGUGAGGCUUUUUACUCUGGACCUCCGCACUCAUCUACUGGGCAAGCAGCUGGACGAGCAGGGCCACAAUUGUUGUCUAGUCACGAAUCGGCUCAUUCACCCCUUUCGUCCAGCACCAGCGCCGUUUCUUCUAUGCUGGGUGGAGGUUCACUCCAUCUUCGCGUUGAUGGGGACUCAGAACUAGAGAGGUCAUGGGAGAUGACGAUCCAGCGGAUGACUCAACGACGUCGGGCAGAUGUCAUUGCAGCGUGUUCACGCAAGUGUCUAGCCUUGAGCAGCAGCGAAGAGGUCUACAAGAAACCUAUGCAAGGUGCCCAGGGAGAAGUGCUUGACCCGAGCCUAACGUCGUGCGACGUUGCCGUGGUGAAGUUUGCAGCGGAGAAGCCGCAGAAGACAUUCGCUCCUACGACCACGACAUCUCCCACGAGGACAAUGCAGGGUGAGGGAAAACUUUACAGCAUCGACGUACCGAUUGCCACGCUCUGUCUCUUAGGUAGCAGGAGGGGCGCGAUGAAGCAAGCAGGAAACGCUAGUGGCCCACAUGGGGACGGCAUUGGCGGGACAUCGAUCACAAGAACUUCGAAGACGUCUCAGGCAGGACACCAACUACAAACUACGCUUCGGUCUCUCCUAGAGAAAGCCGACUGCAUUUUUCGUCGCAAGAAAGACGGCGACGAAGGGCCAGCGUCUGACUUUUAUUUCCCAACUGUUGACGGAAUAGAUGCACUUCGUGACUUCACACCAGAGGUAGAUGCGCGGCAAUCACCUGCUUCGGCCAGCUCUCCUCGUCGAGGAGAAGAAGGAAAGGCGUCGGUAGAAGAGCCGGCUGGAUCUGAUCCCCCGUAUUGUCCGUGGUGGCAGAGUGCCUUCGAAAAAGGUGCUCAGGCAUCUGGUCAGUACCUAGUCUUGGAAAAGGUCGGCACCACAGCCACCUUAAAGCAAAUGUUAAUCAAGGACCCGCUCGAAGCUCUGUACUCCGCUCUGCGUUCACAAGUGUCGGAACUACGAAAGAUUUCCAAAGAAGAACGCGGACUACGCAUGCGGAUGCUUUUUCUCGACUCACGCUUGAAACGCUAUGAUUAUCGUUACGAAGAAGGGGGCCACUUCACGCAGCAACACCGAUUCAGGCUCGACUACGUCUCUCUGCUGCGGUUCUUCAAGCAGAUUAUGGUGGAGAUUACCGGAGUGGAGGCUGCCCAGAGAGCUAUGUGGUUAGGCGUGACAGAAAGCUUGAAAAAAAGGCGCGGGAAAGGGCAAACGAGAAACACGAACACGCAUCAGAAAAUCAAAAAAAUGGAAGAGGUGAUGCGACCGUCGAAAUUGAAGGCUAAGCAGGAUGAACAGGAAGCCGAGCAGGUGACAAUGGAACUACUCGAAAGCGAUGGCGGAGGUCAACAAGAUGCAACUCAAAGUGAUACGGAAUAUGACGGAGACGUAAAACAAGAUGGGUUCACGUCAAGUUCUCCUGAAGGAAAACAGGGCUCAACACCAUCACAGGCAAAACCAGGGCGACCUCUCGGGAGUGGGAACGGAAGUAAAAGAAUGACCGGCGGAUCCUCAUUCCUCGAGUCAGGCCACAAGACAUUUUUUUCUGGGAACGGAAUGCCAAUGUUCGAAGACGAGAGUAUCACGGGGACGAGGAGCACUCGGACGCUGAACAGCAGUGGUCAUGAAGAUGUUGAUUCAGAUGCGGCUGAGAGCCGAGCAUCGUUUCUGCAGUCGGGUCUUGAAGUGGGGGCGCUGGGGGCCGCGGGGCUCGCCGCUCUAAAUGGCGCUGCGAAUGCCGUGUCAGACGCCGCCACACGACACAUUUUACAGCCUGGAUCAGAUUCACGCUCAGGGUCUGAUGCGACGGCUGGCAAAAGGGGAGUGCCAAUGCCCAACGCCUGGUCGCACAGCGAUUAUGAAUGCAUACCACUACAACAGCUACCUUCCCUAAUUUCCAUGCUAUAUUUUCCCCAGAAUUCAUGACGAGCUUGCUGAUUCAUAAACUUCGGCAAUGGACACAGAUAUAUCUAUCAGAAGUCAAAUAUUUUUCGUAGAAGUAUCCAUUAGAUAUUAACUUCACUUCUUUUCAAUAAACAAUAUUUUGCUUCUUCGAAGAUGCAUUAAGGUGAAGCAUGACACGAGCACACACAGACAUGAGCAUGACCACCUGACGCGCCUCUCAGCUCAGGAUUUACAAGCUGGAUCUACAGGAGCUAACACUGCAGCUACUGCUUCUAGUGUACGUUAAUCAGUGACAGUGUCUAACUUUAAUUUAAAGUUAGUGUUAGACAUUGACAUGACGAUGACGUCGUACCCAAGGACUUCAAUAUAGCGAAGGAAUUCAAACUUAUUUUUAUUAUUAAUGAAUUGAGCCAGCCUUUUGAUGUUAAAGAUCUCGUCUACUUCUACGACAGUAUCAAAGCCAAUGGACUCUUCAAUUCAUUUUUUUGUGCCAAAUUAGAACUGCAUUUGUAUACCUCUCCUACAACAUGCUGUGCUCUUAGUAGAAGUAGAUGAGGAACUAGAAAUACAACUACUAUGUAUACAAGUAAUCUACAGGAGAUUCUGGACUGUUGUUGUUGUAGUUGUUGUGGAAAUCUUCAUACUGUCAUGGGACCGCUGAUGGGAAUCGGGAGCGGGUUAGAGUCUGAUUUUGCGAGCACGGAUGAAGCGAACAUGCCCCCUUUUUCGGACUGGAGCUUCCCAGGGCAAUGGUCACCGCAGUACAAGCACAGUCAACAAGUUCAACGGGAGUUGGCGGAGUGGCGUGCAGUCAACAGGGAGAUCGCGCGAUAUUAUCUGGAGGUGGAGAAAACGAUGUUCCAAGAUUCCUUAAAGACUACGCAACGCAUUCUACUUAAAGAUGAUACUGACAUGAAAUUUGUCAUGCAAAGCGGAGUAUGGCUGAAAAUGAUGCAGGAGGUGAUCAGCCUUCAAGAGGAGAGCAGUAAAAUCGCCGCCGAAUGGCGCAAGCUCGUCUUUCUCAGUGAGGAUCUCGCCUUCAAUCUCUUGAUGCUCGAGAGGAAGCGCUUCCCUCGCAUGGAAAACGUAGUCACGCAAGUGAGCGCGCAAGAGGUCCUUCAAGUAACGGGAAUAGAUGUAAAUGCGCACUCUACGGAACACAUCGACAAGGUACGAGACCGAGUGCAAUAUGUACGUCGUCCGAUGUUUCCUUUCCAGCGUCUUUCGAUGUUCGAAUUUAAUAGUCAGCUGCUAAGGUCGGGACCCGGGAGGAAAUUGCCAGGUCGAUCUCAGGAUCAGGGAGGACAACUCUCACUUAUUCUGAUCUUCGACACAGUUCCGGAGGCGUCUGACAGCUCUUCAUGCAAGGUACCUCACCGUGACUUAAGGCUCGUCUGUGGUCUGCCUGGUAUUCAUAAGAAAGUCAUUCAUAUCCCCCGCGAGAUUUCCAUUUAUUAGAUUCCUGCACGAUACAACUAAGUAGGUGAAGUGAUCGUUGUAUUCAUGGUAACGUGUCAUGAUUUGUUUGACUAAGUAUGUAUACCCAUAGUAUCUAUGUAUACAUAUUUGCAGAAGACCACCUGAUAUCCAUCUAUGUAUAAUAAAUUGAAUAUCAAGAUUCGUCACAGGGAGUUUAUAAGCGAGAUGGCUCAUAAUUGAAUUUGAUAAAAAGGAGGCAUUUGGUUUACUCAACACAAAGGUAAAACUAUUUCACGACUGUUCUCCUUUAAUUCAACUACAAGUACAAACCUCCUACAACCUUGGUCUAAUAUUUGAAUUAGAAUUACUACAGCGUGGUUCUCUUUUUCGGAGUGAUAUGCACGUUGAUGAACAACAUGCCCUCAAUAAAUACUGAAGUAAAAAAAUAAAUACCUCUUCUAAUUCAAUCUCGUCAAAUCUUUGGACCUGGCAUGCGAUGCGGAUCUUGGGCUCAGUUUGCUCAAGAGGCUGGUAUCGUCGGGGACGAAGUCACGAAUUAUGAACGUCAGCAGCAAAUUUUUACUGGCUUUUGUCUCACCAUGUGCCAGGAGGACCCUGAAUGUGCUGCCGUGCUUCUCUUUGCCGCUCCACUGUCCUCCUCGGCAUCACUCUCUACUGGAGCAGGAGGACCGUCAAAUGUUGGGCCGUGGAUCUGUCGCCUGGGUCGCUUCAGAAUUGUCCCGGUAUCAAAAUCAACCAUCACGGGCACUAGUAGCGAUGCUGAUCAAGGUCGUAGACAAGAAGAGGGUGAUUAUGUCAAAUAUGUGGAGAAAGUAAAAGAACUGACGGCGGAACAAGAAACAAUUGCUGCAAGAAAACUUGUCUACGACGGUCUGCCUUUUGGAGCCUACACAACAUCAUCUGCUGUGGACGGUCUUGGUGUGGAAUAUUUUUCCGAGGAACUACGUCAAGAUUCUGAAGGUCCUACUCGUCGUGCUGGCGACCCUGAUGACAACAAUCGGCUGUACUCCUUGUACAGAAAAAUCGACCCCGAACCCGAGGUGGGCGGUGAAGCGUCGAUGAUAGAGACGGUUGGAGCCAUGGCGACAAACUUCAAGAACAGUAUCGUGAACUUUCUCGAGGACGAUCGGGGAAAGCUUAGGUUAAGGCCAUUGAACUCCAAAAAUGGGCAUGAAAGAAAGAAGAUUUGCAUUUUUUGCAUCUAGUGAUUUUCAAUCUAGAAAAUGUAAAUGAAGAUGUGUCACAACUUCUACGAUGUCAAUGCACCACUGUUAAGUAGAUAGAAGACGGUCCGGUUCUGUUUCCUUUAUUAUGAGGAAGAUUGAUACAGCAACCACAACAGCUUUAAUUCGACGGACACAGGAGCGCGUUAUUGCGCUACAGCGUUCGCUUGAGGAGCGCGAAGCGCAGGUGCAGCGCCUCCUGAAAGCUUGCCAGGGGGAGAGGCUGGGAAGCACAGAUGGAGGUACUAUCUCUCUUAGAGUCUAAGUAAGUACAACAGCAUUCGAUAAGAGCGAUUGCAAUAAACUAAAAGUACUGCUGUAGAAAGUGCAAAUAUGCUCAAGGGCCCGCGAGCUGCCGACAUGGCCAACGUGCUUUUAAGAUUUUCUCCUUGGCUUCAACCUCUUGAUACCUUUGUGAUACAUAUGUGGGACGCCUUGUGUAUUCUCAACCCGCUGUUAACACUAACGAGUAGACUCUAUUGGUUUAGCUCUUCCGGUCAUCUGCCUCCGUGGCAGCUGCAACGCUAGCAAUUAUCUCCACUUUGGUUCUUAGGUCCGAAGUCAGAGUAUGUCCCAUACCUAAUCGUUGUUGCUACAACGCAUUUGAUCAACGUCCUUUCACAUACAGUGUCGGUGACUCCACUGGAAGAGCACCGGCUGCGGGAGCAGAGUAUAGGCAGUGAGAGACGCGUGAAUGACGAAGCGCUCCUCACGGCCAUACAGAAAUAUGGAGAAGAGCACGCCUUGGAUGUCCAGCAAGCGGAAAAGCUACAGCGCGAGCAAGAGAUCGUUCAGAAACUUCUGGAGACCAUUGACGAAGAAGUGCGAAAUACUCUGCGUGCUCAAGAUGUCACAGUCUUUACAUUCGAGCAGUUGGCUGGAGGGAAGUACGUGUAUACGUAUUUUACCUUGCAGGGUCAGGGCCGCACGCCGCAAGACGUUAUAGCCGGCACCUCCACAUCGAAGCCGGGGAUGCUGCGCAAUGUGCGUCGGGGAUUACAGUCUGUUAGGAGACUCUUGUCAGGAAAAACUGGAGCAAAACAUACGGAUUCCCAACCCGCGGCAUUGGGUAUUCCAACGCCGCAAGAAGCGGAGGAAGUGCUUGAAGCCCUCGGCAAUGGGCAGGUGUAUGCGGAAAUUUCUGCCAUGCCGGUGCGUCUCGAUCAUUUAUUCUCUGUGUUUUCUUCAGAAUUAGACCCAGUGGAGGUCCAUUAAGGACCCAUCUGGUGGAAUUUGGGGAGUUGAAGAUUCUUCACAUUUAAGGAUUACGCGUAUGCGGACCAUGUUAUCAUAUGUGUGUGAAGUAAGUGCCUAUAUAUGUACCAGGGAGGGAGGCCCCCCCGUGGUACAGGCAAGUGUAUAUAUUAUAAGUAGUCAAAAAAUUGACUACGAACAUCUACAUCUACUACAUCUUGCGAAUAAUUGCUAAGAUGUUGAGUCGUUUGUUAAUAUGUAUGAAAAUGAAAGUGUAUUCCUAAAAUGUGACUUGUAUGUUAUUGUAAUUGUAGGUCUACGUAGUAACUAACUAACUAACUCUAUUUGCUCGUUGGUUCAAAAAAUAGGCAAAAACUAAGACAGUGAGUAUUAUGUGGUCAGUAGGUAGUGGUAGAGUUGGGAAGUAGAAGUUCUUGAGCACUACCUAGUACUCUGCAAGAGUUAUUAAUAAUCCAUGUUGACGUAGAAAUCGAAGUAAGCAGUCAAUCGUAGUAACCAUGCAUUAUAAUUUUCUUGAUCUGGUGGAGGAAGACGAUUUUUUCCUGCCAAUCAACUCUUUUCUAAAACUUCGCACGCUUCAAUACAGAGGCGGGCUCAAACAGAGAGCGAGGACUCUUGUCAGGAGCGACGUUUGGCUAGCUUGCUAAUGCAUCUUGGAUUGAUAUAAAAACAAUACUUCCUACUUGAGACUCAUGGGAGCAAAACUCAAAAGCGGGGCAGUGAAUCAAAGACAAAGAGUUACUUACAUCUUCCUACAACUCAAAACCGUUUUUCGUAUGUCUGUUGAGACAACAUAACAAAAACAAGAACAAAAGGCAUCAAUCUCAUUUAGUGAAUACGACUGAUUAUGGAAUUACUAGAGAACUCGUCAAUGAUGUAUGGAGAGAGAUAUAGUUAAGCUCAUCAAGGUAUUUCAAAAAGUCGAUAUUUAUUAUCAAGAAGAUCGCAAUGGAACAAGUAUGAAUUGAGCAAUGGAACAAGUAUGAAUUUACUUUAUACCGACCCACUUACAUCUUUUCUAUUGAAAGAUGGCACUGCUACGCUUCUACACAAAAUGACUAGGUAAGAAAAUUGUUAUAGUCGUUUGAUAGUGGUGCGGUGUCUAGUGCGUAGUGCGACCCUGUAGCCUCUACCUCAGUAUAACAUUUUGUGGGCACGGGGACGGGCCUAGGGUUCUGUGUGUCCCUGGUAUAGCUUCCUACGUCUCAACAAGGCAACUCCAGAGGCUCCGCCAACCACGCUCGCUGCACACGGGCAGCAGCGGGGUCGGGCUUCCUGGAUGUACACGCUGGCCGUACUUUUCGUCUUCAUCUAAGUAGUGGAAGUAGGGACAGGGAGUCGAUCGACGAGAAGUGCUCAUCUUGGCGGAGCAGAGGAGUUUUUCUACAAACUACAGGCUUCUAACGGCAGUAGUGUAUGAAAUACAUGUGAAAGUGAGCAACAUGACGUGCUGCGCCUUCACAGUCGAAGUUGUCCUUGUCGUCUGAGCUGUCUGCGUCCCACGCUGUGAUAAAAGAUCAUUCGCGAGUGCUGCUCCUGUGACCCUCGACCAAAAAUUAAGCGGGCUCGCGAGCGCGAGGGAAAUCGGGUAGAACAUCAUACUUUGUUAGGCAGCAACCUCGUGCAUGUGAAAUAUCAGAUGAAUAUUAAGGUGUUGAAAAGCAAACUAGACAAAAGACGUCGCAUACGCAAGCAGCUUUGAGUUGUAUUUCCACAAAGCCAAGCAAUGCUCAAAUUCAACAUUUUGUAGCUACGAAAAAUCUUAAAGGAAAGUAAAAACACAAGAGGACAUUGAUUCGAGUAAUUAAAUGUAGUACUUACAACUAUGUGUCGUGUGAAGAAGCAUGUUAGUGUUAGUUAAUAAUGAAUAGGGUGACAACAGCGAUAUGAACAGAACAUAGCUUCUGUCGGCACCUCGCGUGAAGACUUAGCAAAGGCGCCCUAUCCUAUCCGAAAAAAAGAAAAAGGACGUAUGACAAUGGGAACAAAUAUUUCAUCGAUGUUGAGUAUGCGUAUUGAAUUUGCAGCCACGGAAAGAACAACUGACACAGUGUCAGUCGGAAACUAUGUACGGGAUAUUAACAUCAUAUUGACUAAAGGAAGAAAGACUGAAACGAUAGGCACAACAUCAAAUACAUGUCGAAGAAGUGCAGAUGAUCAUGUUGGUGAAUAAAGUAAGUAG